ACACUUUUGUUGGCGAAGCCGUCACAUUUGAGUCUCACCCUUCCUCAACUUGUUUCGUAAAAUGGAGCGAUAGUCGUCGUCUUCUUCUUCCUCCUCUCUCUCACAACACGAUUAUCUACCCAUUUCUUCGUCAUUCUUAGAUUAAACAAAUUCAAUUUCUAGUUGACCCGUUUCGAUUCACGCAGUCUCUCAGCAUUUCAAAGAAAAUUUCUAGGGUUUCGAUUCUUAAACAAACUUUUGAUAAUGGACCCGGUAGCCCUCGAUAGGAUAAUCGAACGGUUAAUUGAAGUUCGAUCGACUAAACCAGGGAAGUUGGUGCAGCUCUCAGAGGCUGAAAUCAAGCAGCUUUGUGUUGCCUCUCGUGAAAUCUUUAUGAAACAACCUAAUCUUCUUGAACUCGAAGCCCCUAUCAAGAUUUGUGGCGACAUUCAUGGACAAUACAGCGACCUAUUGCGACUCUUCGAAUACGGAGGCUUUCCUCCCCAAUCCAAUUACCUUUUUCUCGGCGAUUAUGUCGAUCGAGGCAAACAAAGUCUGGAAACAAUAUGUCUCUUGCUUGCUUACAAAAUCCGGUACCCUGAAAACUUCUUUCUUCUUCGAGGAAACCAUGAAUGCGCUUCAAUAAACCGGAUUUAUGGGUUUUACGAUGAAUGUAAGCGCCGAUUCAAUGUGAAGCUAUGGAAAGCUUUCACAGAAUGCUUCAACUGUCUCCCUGUCGCUGCACUUGUCGAUGAUAAGAUCUUGUGUAUGCAUGGUGGACUCUCCCCUGAUCUUUCCGAUUUGGAUCAAAUCAGAAACUUACAGCGACCAACUGCCAUUCCCGACACUGGAUUGCUAUGUGAUUUGUUGUGGUCGGAUCCUAGUAAAGAUGUGAAAGGAUGGGGGAUGAAUGAUCGUGGGGUUUCUUACACUUUUGGUCCCGAUAGGGUGUCAGAGUUUUUGACAAAACAUGAUCUUGAUCUUGUUUGUCGUGCUCAUCAGGUUGUGGAAGAUGGGUAUGAAUUUUUUGCUGAGAGGCAACUUGUUACAAUAUUUUCGGCUCCAAAUUAUUGUGGGGAGUUUGAUAAUGCGGGUGCAAUGAUGAGUGUGGAUGAGAAUUUGAUGUGUUCAUUUCAAAUCCUUAAGCCAGCUGAAAAGAAAAACAAGUUCUUGAUGUCUACAAAGAUGUAAAAUUGUCUUCAACUGCCUAGUGUAUUUCCCAAGAUAAUGUUGGUUUUGGAGAAGAAGAGGAAAAGAAAAGUGGGUGUUGCUCUUAGUUUUAUGAAGAUUCAAUCAACGAUUGCAUUUGUGUUGAAACUUGAAAGAAAUGAUGAAGAAUGAGGGAGAAGAGGAGAAAAUUUGUGUUUUAAAAGCUACUACUUACUUACUCUAUUGAAUGUGUCUGUCUAUAUUUAGCUUUAGUAGACAUUGUGAAUGCUUCUCAAUCAUUUUGGAAAAUUGCCAUUAAAACAAACUUGUAGCUGUUUCAUUAACUAAUCCAGAGAGGGCAAUUUGGGUA